AUAAACAUGAUAAAGCUCGUAAAUACCUUUCUGAUCAAAUUGGAGACGCUGAUGCUGAAAAAGAAUUGUUAGAUUGCACUGAUAAAUAUAUCAUUGAUAAUAUUGCCAAAAAGGUUGAAAAAGACCAUAAGAAAGAAGCUGCAAUUGCUGUUGUUCAAGAUGAAGCUUCUCCUGAUAAACAUGAAGAAAUUGUAUCUAAACAAAAAGACGAUGGUAGCAUUGAAAUUGAUGACUCAAUAUGUAAGGAAUUGCAAGCUCCUAAAGAAGAAAUUAUUGAUACAAUUAAAGAGAAAAUUACUAAUCCGAAACUCAAAUUACCCGAGUUUUCAUCAAGUCUUGCAACUGCUAUUAACCUUUCAUAUCUAAAAAAUGCAGCGGAUAAAUAUAAAGGUGAUUGGGUAGAUAAAUAUAACAAAGCUCGUGACUAUCUUUCUAAGCAAAUUGGAGAUGCUGAUGCUGAAAAAGAAUUAUUGGAUUGUGCUGACGAGUAUGUAGUUGAUAAAACUACAGAUAAAGUGAUUGAAGAAAAGAAACGAGAUGUAAUUGAACUUAAGAAAGAUGAAAUACCGAAAGAACAAUCUAAAGCUAAAGCUAAAAGCUUUAUCGGUAAUCUUUAUGAUGAAGCUGCUAAACUUGAAGAUCAAAUUGAAAAAGCACUUGGAUUUAAUAAAGAUAAAGAACUUGAUGAUCAUGAAAAAGCAGAAGCACUCAUAGUCAUUGAGGAAUCAGCCUCACCUGAGAAAUGCAAUGAAAUCGUCGCGGAUCAAAAAGAUGAUGGUUGUAUUGAGUUAAGCGACACAGUUUGUGAUGAAUUGGAUGCUCCUAAAGAAGAAAUUAUCAAGACAAUUCAACCAACACUUACAAAUAAUAAGCUCCAAUUACCUAAUCUUCCAUCAAUUCUUUCAACUGCAAUUAACCUUUCAUAUCUAAAAAAUGCCGCGCCUAAACUUAAAGGUGUAUGGGAAGAUAAAUAUAAUAAAGCCCGUAAAUAUCUCUCAGACCAAAUAGGAGAUGAAGAUGCCGAGAAAGAACUUUUGAAAUGUGCGGACGACUAUGUAGUUGAUAAUUGUGCAAAGAAGGUGAUUAAAAAUAAAAAGAGAAAUGCAGUCAUUACGGUGCAGGAGGUUGCUACACCAGAGAAGUGCGAUGAUGUAGUGUCUAAUCAAAAUGAUGACGGAUCUUUUGAAGUUAGCGAAACAAUUUGUGAAGAAAUAGACGUUCCAGUUACCAAUGUAGUAACUGAAGUGAAAGAAUGUACACAAAAUCCAAAACUUAAAUCUCCAGAAUCAGAACCAUGGUGGAAGACAGCACUCACUACUAGCUACCUUAAUAUCGCUGCACCACAUAAUAAAAAUCAAUGGGAAGAUAAAUCUAAGAAAGCUCGUAAAUACCUUUCUGAUCAAAUUGGAGAACCUGACACUGAAGAAGAAUUAUUAGAUUGCACUGAUAAAUAUCUCGUCGAUAAUAUUACUAAAAAAGUUGAAAAAGAUCAUAAGAGAGAGGUUGCAAUUGCUGUUAUUCAAGAAUCAGCUUCUCCCGAUAAACAUAAAGAAAUUGUAUCUAAACAAAAAGACGAUG